UUGUGUUCCUGUGUUUUCUAGGAUGAACAGGAGGUCUCCCCCACCUCCUAUUCACGACCCCACUGCUGACGAUGAGUAUGAAGUCUGUGAUCCACAUGACGGUGCUCCUCCUCCUCCUUAUCUACAGAAGCCCUUACCCAAAGAAUCACCAAAACCACCGUUAGGGCCGAAACCAGAUUCAAACCCAAAAAAAUGUGAAAGUAAAACUCUCCCUGCGGUCCAGGCUGAGCAGAAACCUCCCAAAGGUUUCUCGCUGGAUAUUAAACGACCAAAAAUUCCUUUUCCACAUUUUCCCCUUCCCAAAACCGCUGACAACAACAAUGCUGAUGUUGAAAGUUGGUCCACAGACCAAGACAAGGAUACAGAUGUUUGUAACAAACCAUGGUUUGCCCAUUCAUGUGAUCGCAAGACAGCAGAUGAUGCCUUGCUCUGUUCAAAUAAGGACGGAGCAUUUAUGGUGAGAAAGAGCUCUGGGCAGGAUGCGCUGCAGCCGUACACAUUAGUGGUGUUCUACAACGGCAGAGUGUACAACAUCCCGAUCCGCUAUCUACCAGCUUCUCAGCAGUACGCUCUUGGGAGGGAGAAGAAAGGAGAAGAGUACUUCACCAGCGUCCCACACAUCAUUGAGAACCACCAGAGGAAUCCCCUGGUGCUGAUUGACAGUCAGAGUAACACCAAGGAUGCCACCAAACUGUGUUACCCGGUGAAGCCCUGAAGAGAUCUCAGAUCUACAUUUUGCUUUGAAUGUUAUUAGACUGUACCAAACUCAGACCCAAUUAUUAAGCAGAACCAAAGCAGUUCCUACCAAUUAAAACCCAAAUAAAGAACAUGUGGGGUUGUCUUGGCUGUGUGCUACCAGGACUAUUGGGCCUUUGGGGGUUGCAGAGACAUCGGUUUGGUAACUGGUCUGGAAUUAAGAGGCGUUUGGAGGACGGGAAGAACUUCGACUUUUUUUUGUUUUCUGAGAUGUUUUCUUGCUGAAUAGGUGCUGCUAGUGCUAGGGGUGACUUUAGAUAGUGUGAUGCUGGUUGGUGUAAAUUUGUCCAAUUGAACCAUUUCAUCAUUUUACUUCAUCCUUUGGGGGUUUUCAUACUAUGCUUUAAAUUUUUAUCCUGCUAGUCACAGCUUUCCUUUCUGUAAAGUAAUAAAUGCUAUAGCUUCUGUUGGACUGCAUACCAUGACACUGUCACCACCAUGCUGAGCUGAGGGCAGUGUCCUCCUCAAACACAGUUAAUUACCUUAGAUCUUAAAGGAAUACCAGACCAGGGCCCUCAUUCAUCAAAUGCUCAUAUAAACUUGCCGAAAAUCCACCCUACGAAUGAAAUCUAGAAUGUUCGUACGAACGGCCAAAAUCCUGAUCUAUGAUUGUGCUGGCCUCUUGUACGCAUGUUUCUCCGCACCAGUCUGCUGAUAAAUCCCACCUGUAUGUACCCAGGU